AUGGUGAUGCAAAGGUUUGUUCAUAUGAACGUUUCUUUGCUUUUAUUUUCCUCUGUACUGCUUUCGAUUCGCACAGCUCAGCGCGUCGACAGUGCGUCGAACAACACUGCUGUUCGUUCGACUCAUGAGCUGUGUCCCUGUGCCCUCCUCUCGGAUACUGAAGGCGUCUGCUACGAUUUUGUCAAUGAAGCGCAGAGAACCUGCACAAGCAGGCCAUGCGAAAGUGCCUUUGUAUGUACAAAUCGUGAACAAGCAACUCACUAUUGUAUUGACCGGGCUCAAGACAUGGUGCGUAUUUCACCAGAAGAACGUGGAAGAUGUUCAAUGACUCAACAGAAGAUGCAUUCUCGCAUCCCGUAUGGCCCUUACGAUGGUAUAGAAGGGCAAGGGCAGAGUGGUGAUGGCACACAACUGGACGACGACCUGCAUAAAUUAGAACCGGAGGCCUGUUACUCAUAG